AUGGCGAAAAGUGACGCGCCAAAUUUCUUGGGCAUCCCCAUGAAAUGGGUGUCUUUGCUGAUGCUGGUUGCGCAAACUGUAAGUGUUGUCUUCGCAAUGCGCCUUUCGCGGACGCUGGCAGUAGAAGGGCCCAGAUACCUCAACACCACUGCUGUCUUCUUCUCUGAGGUCAUGAAGCUGACCUGUAGCUUCAUUUUCCUCAGCAACGAAGUGGGAGACCCUGCUGCAGCGGUGAAGACGGUGAAGAGCACCUUCAGCAGGAGUGGUGUUGAACUCUUAAAGGUCAGUGUGCCCUCGCUGCUUUACACUGUGCAGAACAAUCUCCUUUUUAUCGCCUUGUCAAACCUCAGCGGGGCGGUCUACCAAGUGACCUACCAGCUGAAGAUUCUCACCACAGCGGUGCUCAGCGUGAUCAUCCUGGGGAAGGCGUUAGGCACCACCAAGUGGUGCUCCUUGCUGAUCCUGACCACCGGGGUUGCGCUGAUCCAGAUGCCAAGGGGUGAGGUCAAGGAAGUGCAUGGCGACCCCAUGGUGGGCCUUGCUGCAGUUCUUUCUGCGUGCUUUACCAGCGGGUUAGCAGGUGUCUACCUGGAAAAGAUCCUCAAGCAGACCGACUCAUCCAUUUGGAUGAGGAACAUCCAACUAGCCUUCUUCGGUGGUAUCCUGGCCUUCGCCGGGUGCUUCCUUCAGGAUGGCGCAAAAAUCGCGGAGAACGGCUUCAUGCAAGGCUAUUCAAUGCUGGUUUGGGCCGUGAUUGCUCUACAGGCGAUCGGAGGCCUGGUAGUGGCAGCAGUGCUCAAAUAUGCGGACAAUAUCCUGAAGUGCUUCGGGAAUGCCUUGUCCAUUGUCAUCAGCUGUUUGAUGUCCUCUGUGCUGCUGCAGGAGUUCCAACCAGACAUGCUCUUCGUGCUUGGCACGCUUUGUGUACUGGUGGCGACUACUCUGUACAGCCUUGGUGUGCCCAACAGCCUCCUUCGACUCACCAGCGACAAGGCAAAAGUGGAAGAGCUUCCAUGGUUUCUUGCCGCUGACUGGGAUGAUCAAGAUCUCCAACUUGGAAAGGCCGAUGGAAGCGAGGACGCUGCUUUACACCACGUGGCCAUAGCGCCGCGCCAUGGAUUGCCAAAAAAGGAUGCGGCGUGUGAAGCUGAGGGGGGAGCCGUAGAGUUUUUCACAGAUGGCGAUCAGUUGGCACCAGAAUCAUCAACAUCAUCGGAUAGAGAAACUGCCCUGGAGGAACCCCCACACUACUCGCUGCUUGGAACUGCUGGAUUUUACGCGCUGAAUUUGCUGUUAACAGCUGCAAGAAAAGGGUGCUUGUUGUUCACCCUCGGGGAUCGUUCUGGAUGGGCGGAACCCUCGCGACGAACGACGGAUGAAGCUCCCGACUGCGGGAUGUUGUCAGUUUGGCCCAAGAAUGGAUGUAAACCACUGUGCCGUGAUAUGCUGCCACUGAACAAGAUCUUGAACCACCCAGGCCUGGCCGCGCUGCGUGAGCUCCAGCGCUUCCGCCGCGCGCCACAGACGGCGCUGCCGCUGCUGCAGAGCUUCAAGGGCUUUCCGUGGCAGGCGGUGAUCUUGCUGAAGGCCUUAAGGCUACACCAGGACCACCCUUGGGAGCAGUUGUUUUCCUUCUCCAAAUUGGUUGACUGCCCAAAGUUGGAUGCUUGUGGAGAUCGUGCCAUGGCUGCACUUUGCAAACAGUUGAGGCCCAAGAGUGAUAUCUCUGCCAACUUGGGAGAUGUCUUCCAUGUGAACGUGGUCUUGGACAUUUGUAGCAAGGCAGGAGCGUGGGCUCUAUCUUUGGCCUCUGCCGUGCAAGCAGAAGCCGAUCUGCCACUGGAUGCUGUGAGUUUUGGCAGCUUGACGCAUGCGUGCGCCUUGCGCGGCCGUUGGAUGCAAGGCUGCCACGUGAUCGACUCGAUGUGUGCACAGGUCAACCUCAUCACCUAUGGCAGCUUGCUACACGGCCUGGCUGGGGCACGGCGCUGGGCCUAUGCCAUGCAGCUGCUGCAUCUCUUGAGGCAGGAUGGCAUUUCGCCCAGCGAAACUGGUUUCAGCAGCGUCCUGAAUGCCUGCGUUGGGCAGUGGCCCCAGGCCCUUCAGCUCUUGAGACCUUCCGCCAGCGUGUUCGAGGUGAACGGAGCCCCCCGGCAGCGAAGAUAAGCAAUGAAGAAAUGGAGGGAAGGUGGAC